AUGGCAGAAGGGGACCCCCUGAUAUCAGUGGAUUAUGAAGUUUUUGGGAAAGUGCAAGGUGUGUUUUUCCGCAAGUACACUCAGGUAAUGCAAAUGGAAAAUUUAAUUACUGAAAGUCAUAGCAAGAGCUAUGUUCCAAUUAGAUUUGCUACUAAUUAUGUAUG